UUAUGCAUUAACGGUAGAACAACGAGCACAGUCUGUGGAACCCGACCUCAAGGACGUACCAUUAUGUCCACUCUGUAUGAAGAACGAGCUGCGCGUGGACGGCUCGGGCAUGCGCAAAGGCCAAGAUAUUUGUGUGGAUUGCGAAAAACUUACUUGUGCGGAAUGUGGAUCUUUCGAAGGUUCACUUACGACUAGGGAAUGGGUGUGCAUGGCCUGCCAGAAGCGUCGGAAGUUGGUGCUAAGUAGUGGCAUGUGGCAUCCAGGAGUCGAGCCAGCGGCGGAAGUACCACUGUCGAAACAAAUAGAGACCCGGAUGGAAACAAUGAAAGAUAAAGGCAAUGGAAAACAACUAUCAGAAAGAAGCAGUGGUAAACCUUCGACAGAUAAAGGAAAUGGGCGGAAUUACACUGAAAGGUCAAACGGGAAAAACCAGGCAGAGAAAGGAAACGGGAGAAAUUCAUCUGAAAAAGCAAACGGGAGAAGUGCAUUGGAUAAACCAAAUGGACGAAGUGCACCUGACAGAGGUAGUAAACAUUCGCUUGAUAGAUCUUCUUCAGAAACCGAACAAGUGAGAACAAAACCACCUAUACCGAAAAAACCAGCAUGUCUGCUACAACACCAAACAUCUUUACCCACCACCGUUGUUCCACCAGUACCGGCACCCCGGCCCGGCCUACCGCCCAAAGACACACAGAAAAGCGCAGAAGGCAGCCGGGAAUCCCUAAUAGAUAGCCCAGUGUCGGAAGAUGGACCAUCUAGUUCCGGUGGUCAAUCGAGACUCCGAGGGGUCCUCAGGACUAUGGUCGGCAGCUGUGCGAUGGGCCAAGGUGCCAGGAGUGAUUCGGAAACCUCUGCGUCUGAUGUGGAUAUGGAAGAUGUCUCUAUGCACUAUUACCAAGGCGAUGGGAUGAGUACGGACGAUGUAAGUGAUGAUUAUUCGAUGAUGAGCAUCGGAAGUAGUGAUGACAGUGGUAGACUUCGCAGGAAACAUCGCCCGCGGUCUCUCAACAUCCCGCGUUCUCACAGCGCCACGUCAUCGGAUGACGAGACCACGGAUAGCACCAUAAGUACAGACACUGAAAACCGAUUAGCUCCUCUGGCCGUCAUGAACGAGGCAAGAGUCGCAUUAGCUGCUAGUGCAUUCGCAGAGGAAAUGGAAGACUUCAAAGGAGAGUCUUCUAUGGAUGAAGUUAUGGACAAAUAUGAUUCCGAUGUGCAAGACGAUUUAAAGUCGCAUAUGAGUCCAUCGCCCCCGAGAAGUCCGAGUUGGAGGGCAGGUUUAGAGAGUCCACCAUUUUCGCCAAAACGUAAGGAUUUGUAUCCUGGUAAAAAGCGCCCCUCGUCUCCGGUGUCUCCAAAAGACAGUCGCUUGCAAUUUACGUACGACGUGUCACCCCCAGUCCGCCAGCUAUCGGUUGAAGAGUUGUACGCUGAGGCACAUGCACUCGGCGAAGCAGGCUACGCUGUCAUGCCAUUAGUUCAAAAACCUUCUCCGAUAUCGCCAGAGGAACUUGUUGAUGAUAUGAUAACAACAAUGGGUGAACCUUUCCUUCUUAAAAUGCCCGAAAGUAAACCGUGUCAUAAUCUUCAUGAACUCGACACUAGUCAUAUAGAUCUCCCCGAUACUGCUGUAGCUAUUGACCUCGCUACAUACGCUGCUACAAUUGCGAGUAACACUGCUAAUCUCACACAAAUGACCGUGUCACCCACUAACCUACAAGUUUUACCCGUGCAUGAACAUGACCAGAUUUCCCCAGAUUCGCAGGAUACUGAAAGCACUGAAAGCGCGUCGCCGAUUUCACCAAGUUAUUAUGAAAAUGGAUCCGAUGAUAUGGACGAGGUUGAACUAGCAGAUCCAUCUUCAAAAGCAAUAGAUUAUCAGGGUUCAAAGCGCCAAAAGGUGCGGCCUCCCUCAACCGACUGGUCUCCAGUGAUUGACUUGUCUCCUAUUUUAGACGUAUCGCCGUCAAUCGAAGAAGCAGAACGUGUCGACAUGUUCGAAAAGCAGGAGGAAGAACGACGGAGGAGAGAGUCACAGGAGGAAGAUGAGGACGAUGACGAAGAUUAUGAUAGUUAUUUUCAGCCUCUCGAAGAAGAUGACGAACAAAAUUCUUAUUAUGGUCUUAAGAGGUAUGAUAGGGUAGAAAAUAUAUGUCAACUUUUACAAAGCAAUGGCCCGAACGUUAGUGAUGGUCUUGCGAGUUCUUCGGAGGCAGCUUGCAUGGCGUUGGAUGAUAGUGGUUUGGUUAAUGACAUGGCAGGUCAUCCUUUUACAUGUACAACGCUAGCCUCAAAGUCGGUGACUAAGGACGUAAUAUUGAAAAGUCAACCAUGUAGUUCAGAAGUGCAAACAAUUACAUCUAAUAAUCAACCAAAAGUAAGUUUAAUUCAGAGUAGGGUUAAUUCGUUAGAACAACCCGAAAAGGGUGCUUCCUGUUCUGCUUCCUCUUUGUCAACUACAAAACAAAGUGAACCCAAAGAAAAACCUCCUAAGCCUGCUAUACGACCGCGGAGAAAGUUACCAGAACCUACCGCAGAAAUGAUAGCUGCACAUACGAAAAAGCACUCGAAAUCAUCAGGCAAAUACCACCAAAGUGCACAAUCGUCGGUUGGUGCUUCUUGCUCUUCUGGAUCAUUUGUGAAAAUGGUACCCCAUUCGGGUGAUGUUCCUCAACGACCGGAUGGUAGAAAUAGCGACACGAAUAAUAACAACAACAAUAAUAAUAAUAACAGCAAUAUGAAUAUGGUGCAAGAUUUGGCAAAGGGUGUUGAAUCGGAUGAUAAGAGGAAAAAGGCCAAAGACAUGAAAGCGAAACCAAAUCCACUAGUCAUACGACACAUCGAGUCGGAGGACCAGAGCAUGUCUCCCCAGUAUAAGGUCCUGGACUCACCUCCGAGUCCGGAGUCCCGCUCCUCACUGAAGAGGGACUAUUCUGACAGUACAUCUGUGUCUCCCUCCUCCUCCCCUGAUCGGGAGGUGUAUCCCUUCCCGUCACCUGUCACCCCUCCCGACUCUGACUCCUCCCCACCCAAGCCUCAUUCUCCCUCCUCACCGGGUACAGACUUUGAUGAGGAUAGCACUUACGAAAAACCCACUCCAUCUAAACGCUUGCCACACCUCAAUAAGACCUUUGAGGAGAAAUCUUUGGCCGAGACCAAGGUCAAGGACAAAAUCAAGAAAUUCGAGCAGGUGUCUCAAGAAUCAAAGAAGACGAGAAGAAAAUUACCUCCGAUUCCUACUGGUGACGAAUCUUCAAGCAGUUCUAAACAAAAGAGUCAAACUUCAUCUUCCCGAAAACAUCACACUCACGUUAGAUCUGAAAACCGCCGGAAGCGUACCGGGUAUGGUACACCUUCCUCUACAAGCGACGAAUCUAUGAAUGAGGAUGAUUUUGAGGUUGCGAUGUGGACAAAUCAUCACCAUAAAAGCCAUACGAGGAUGAAUGAUCUGGAUAAGCCAGCAUCAAUGGAUAAGCGAAAUGGAAACUACAUACCUGCUGGGGAUUCCUCCAAGGACAAGCCAAUGAAGGCAGUGAAAGCAAAUAUACCUCUAGAUAAAAAUAUACUGAUGGGAGCGAUUGGCAUAUCUGAACGGAAUGACCAAAGAAGUAAGGACAGGGAAGAAACUGAUGAAAUGAUUGAUUCCAUGAUCAACAUAUACGGUGUGCCAAUAACACAAGCUAUGAAAUCGCUCAAAAGAAGACUACAGGACGAGCUCCGGAAGGCAACUGAAGGACGACGAAGAAGAAUUGAGGAGUUUGAAGAAAUACGGGCUCUUCAACUGCAAAUAGGAGAACUUAAACUCAGUUCAGACUAUGCCAAAUCCCAAUUAAAACGAUCUAUGCAGCAAAGACCUAAUAAAACUAGUCUUGGACAAAACGGCAAGAAGCGCGGUACUUCACCUUUACAGUCCGCGCGUUCUUCACCUCAGGUGUUACCAAGGCGUUCACGACACAAGCGCCAGACGUCGGAUCCAAUGAUAUCUAAGUUUUCGCCUAUUAAGGAGGAUAAAGACGUUGAAUCUGAUUUUCAAUCUAAGGGAAAGUCGGCUUCUGCAGAGCAGACACAUAUGAAAUAUAUAACGGACGAUAGCUCUCAAUCGGGUUUGAGUGACAAUGAAAGUAUACGAUCUGAACCUGUUUCAAAUGCACGUAACAAGAAAAUAAAACCUUCAGCUUAUGCAAAAAUGUUUUUUAAUGCCUCCUACGAUGAAUCGAAGGGACCAGAAGUGGAACAAUCUACAUUACCUGGAACAAAAUCAAAAAGUCGAUCCGAAUCACACAUACCGCAAAAAGUGAAAAAGGCCACUCGUUCUCCUUCGUGUUUUGGAGUCGAAGAGGAAAUUAAAGUACGCGAAGAUAGAAAACAAGAAUUGCAAAAUGAAAUUGAGAAAAGGAAGAAGCAACUCGAAGAAACAUCCAGACUUCAAGCAGAGUUACUAAACCUGACACGUACUUCCGGUCAUGCUAUGGCCCAUAGCUAUGAUGAUCUGCCACGAACGGCAAAUUACAGCUAUCCUGCAGCCCGACCUAUCCCAACCGGCAUAAUUAAACCUUUAGAAGACGACGAGGAAAGUGAGUUCGACUACCUAAGCAGACGUCUAGAUGAUGAUAAAGGAUCAUGGGAUAACUUCCAGCAGCAGGCAAACUAUAGUUCAACCGAAUACUUAGCACAUAAACAAGAAACCUCGCGUAGAAGUCGAGUAGAAGAAAUGCAUUCUGCGUAUUCUAGUCCUUUUCUUUAUAGUGGUAAUAUUGAUGAUCCCCAUGCGUUUAAACCUACGGCCCAACCGUCUGACUUCUUCCGGAAGUCUGACCCCAUCAGGGACCCCGUUAUGUCAAGCAGUGUCACGUUACCAGAGCUCCAUUCUGCCCGGACAGUCGACAUUGAGUAUCAGAAAAAGAAUACAUGUUCUGACACCGAAGCAAGUCCCCCAAGUGAUGCCACUCCCGCAAUGCCUUUGCUCGAUGAUGUCAAAGCCAGGUCACGUAAGAUAAUUCACGACAUUGGUUCCGGAAGUAGACCUGUUUCUGCUGAGUUCAACUUUACUGGAGGCGUAGAUGAUCUGAUGAACGCCAUCUACCGAGCAGAAAGUGACAACAGUGUGGAUGCUGACGAACCAAUCAUGAAGCACAUGAUGGAGGGAGGGGUCACAAUACUUAAACAACUUGAGAGGAAGAAACCGUUGAAACCUUCGCAGCCAAAGAAAUAUGAUUUCCCUACCAAGCGGAUCUUGCUUACCCGAGAUCCAAAAGACAGAUCCAUCAAAGCAGGUAAUGGGAUAGGGAUGAAGAUUGUUGGCGGCAAGACAGUGCCAUGGAAUAAUGAGGUGGGAGCUUACGUCACGGCCAUAUACCCUGGGGGCGUGGCUGAACAGUUGCACGGAGAACUCCAGGAAGGUGACCAAAUAGUGGAAUGGAACGGUAUCGAGUUGACUACCAAAACGUACGAGGAGGUUCAACAGAUCAUCGGGCAGCCCAAUGGCGAGAUAGAGCUGGUCGUUCGACCUGGACCUAGGUCACAUACAAAGGAGACAGAUCCAGGGAGCUGCCACUCAUCCUAUGAUAAUCUGGAGUUCGUGCCCGAUGACGUGUAUGAGAGGUGUUUGAAGUCCAACCACGGCGUAGAUCCUAAACAGCUAGCUGCCCAGUUAGAGGGUAUCCAGGAGAAGGACUCACCCGCCGAGUCGGCUUCCUCGUCCCAGCCCGAGUUCCUCACUCCUAGUAUGUCGUCCCCUUGUAGUUCCCCUCAUUCCGACCCUACCUCCACGUCCUCCGACCGACAGCGUCAGGCCAGCAUUCCUAGCAGCACGGAGAAGGAGAGACCAGCCGCUGUGGGCCCGUCUAAACCCCCAGAACUACCAGUAGAGGAAGACGAUAUACAGCCUGUUUUUGAGAAAGAAAGAACAAUGGGUGACAUACAGUUGCAACUUAGUCAUGAUGAUUUCGACAGUACCUUCAGUAUACACAUUAUUGCGGCCAAGAACCUUACCCCACAAGACAUGAACGGGCUAUCCGAUCCUUUUGUGAAGAUUUAUCUUCUUCCUGGUCGAUGUGCAGAGAAUAAGCGGCGGACCAAGCACAUAUCGAAAACGUUGAGCCCAGAGUGGUACCAGACAGUGGUGUUUCAGGACCUCCACAGAGAAGAGCUCCAAUACAAGACACUUGAGAUCACGGUCUGGGACUAUGACCGGUUUAAGGCUAACGACUUUCUCGGCGAGGUCAUCAUUGACUUGUCGGUGCCUGGUUUCCUUGACAAUUUGCCACACUGGUAUCCAUUACGUGAACAUGACAACACUACUGGUGUGGAACUUCCAAAGCCAACGGUGCUGCCACCUACCAUAAGGUCUGUACAAAACACCAUCCGAACAGGAUCACCGAAUCAGUCGAGAGGCAGCAGAGAUUCCCCGAGCAAACAGUAUCGGGGUAAUAAAGGAGAUGGACUAGGGGGUAGAAGAAGGUCGUUAGGAGCUUUGACAGAUGUCGACAGACUAACUACCUCUGAAUCUAUGGACAUCUCCUCGACUCACUCUUCGCCUCUUCUGCCGCACAAACCACGUGACAUGCACCUUCAGUCGUCUGAGCAUGCUCCUGGUAAAGUAGUCCAUUGUUUCAGUGGUUUGUCGCACAUCAUGUCUGUAGCACGUCACAUCCUGUACCCCCGUUCAAAGAAGAACAAAUACUGUGCACGCCUUUCACAUCGGCUCCUUCCUAAGAAAAAUAGCGAAAACAGGGGUAUGAAGACAGUGUGGCAAUAUCAUUCAUUCGGAUGAAGAGAGCUAUUGUUUUCAGGUUAGUUUCCUAGCUAUCUGUGAUAUUUUCACCAACCCUGGUUACAUGAUUUUGGACUAUGAUGCAUGAAAUACAUGUCAAGAUUGAUCCAUCACCGAACCCGUGUAUGUCAAGACUCUUCACGUAUGUCUGCCCCCGGAACAAUGGAUGUCAGGAGCGUUUCUGUCUGUCUUUCACCGAACCAAGGUGUGAUGGAGUUUGCCAUUUCUAUAAGUCGUUGAAACUAGGUAUACCAUGCAUGGGCAGUUGUGUUCUCUACCUACCCAAAGAAUGUUAAGACCGGUAAAUAUUGUGCUAUACAGAAUAAACAUAUAUCAGGAGUGGUCAGUUCUGACUGCAAAUGAACCAAAGCCUGUCUGGAGUGGUCAGUUAUGUAACCCUCGAACCACCUUCUACGAUCAUAUAUCACCACGGAAGCUCAUUAAGGCAAUGUUUCCUUUGUACAAUAUUCAAAACGAUUGCGAGUCUUCAAUAACAAAAUUUACAUCGUAGUCAGUAAUGAUGCUGUUCAGUUUGUCGCUGCAAGUGUAUUUCAAUACCAAAUUAUGACCUACAUCCGGUGUUCCAUUAUCAUAUGUUUACAGAUAAAGAAGACGAUGUUGUAACAUAUGAAUUAAUUGGUGACAGAAUUAUGUUUUCUCCACAUUGUUCUAAAUAAUUACUACAUUCUUGGAAAAUACUACAAACAGUAAAUGAAAGAAUUCUACUUAAAAUAAAUCAACCAUCAGUUUAAUCCAUACUCACCAAAGAAGAAUAAUAAUUAUUAUUAUGCUUCCAUAUGCCGCAUUUAUUUGAAGGUAUUAUGAAAUCGUAUAUUUGAAAAUUCUCGAGUGUGGAAGUUCUUGUGCUGUGAUUCUCUAAGCUGAACUCGGUGUUGAAAUUUUUCGCGUUUGCAAUGUUUAACAAAAACUGUGUAUUCAAUAUAUCUAAAAUUAAUAAUAUCUUUAAGUAAAUAUUUGUAGAUUAGUUCCCUCCAGGCGCAAAAAGCCAGCAUUUCCAAACCGCGAAAAAGUCCACCUUUACAGUAACAAUGUAUACGAAGAAAGUAUAAAUGUGUUGCUAUUCGGCAGCCUGAGGUACAGUAUUUGGGUGUAUAGAGGAUUGAUUUGUCUUCAUGAGUCUGGUGUUCAGUGUGUUACAAUUUCUGCCGUUCACGAGUUAUUGUGUUCUCAAAUAUGUCCUGACUUUCAUCACAAAUAGAAAUACAAGAUAUACUUGCAACUUUUGUUAUUGAGUUUGAAAUGACAAAACAGAUCGAAAAUAAAGUUAAUGUAAGUAAUACCGAAUAAAAAUGUAUUUAAAGACAUUAUAUUUACAUUAAUAUAUAUUAUCAGCAAAUAUUUCGUCUUAUAGUGCUAUCAUAUGUACUAUUCUCAACGUAUGCAUUACUUGAUGGCAUUAAAUGGCACUGUGUAAGUCCUCAACACACCUAGAUGAGCUUGGAUUUCAAAUGAUGAUAAUUUCAGUAUUAUUCUAACCGCGCUCGAGUAAAAAAGAAUAGACUUUUUCUACCAUAUAAAUGCAUGACCUUCUUAUGUUAAACCUAUCUUCUCUAGUCAAUGUAUAAAAUGGUAGUCUGAAACAUUUAGAUCGUCCAUAAAGCGGGUAACAUUCCAUUUCAUUACAAGUACAUUAUGUACAAAUAUCAUCUUUCGCAGUUCAUUUAGCGAUUUCCUGUAUAUUUUAGAUAUUGUAUAUAUAUAUAUAGAGACUUAACAAACCUGAUGGAUCUCACCGUAACGAUACAUGUAUCUUAAAUUGUUAUUUAUCUUCUCUUGUAACAGUGAAACAUCAAAUUAACAACAACUCGUUAAAGUAACUAUCAGCAAAUGUAGACUAUUUACGUAGAAUACAUUCUUUGUAAUAGAUAAUAAACGGUUUAUAAAUAUUUAAUAGAAACAUUUGAUCGCGUUCUUCAUUUCUCCUGUCUCCAUCAGUAGAACUAUUUUUCUUCAUCAUAGAGUCAGUAAUUAAUAAAAAUUCACGAGACCAAAAGACGACACGUUAAUUGAUUCUCUCUUUUUUUCAAUGAAUGGUUUCUUUUUCAUUAAUACGGAAUUAAGUGACGUGAAUUAUAAGUAGAUUGUCACGUGAUCUUAUAUGCACAUUUACAUCGUUGAUAUAUCACGGUGAAUUGUUUCUAUUGUCAUAUCCCAUUGUUAUUCAAAUACAAUUGUGAUGUAUAACGAUUUUUCUAUGAAAUAUUUAGAUGUUAUGAGACUUGUAAUCUUAUACCAUGUGCAUUUAGUGAGAGAGAAAGAAGAUGAUUUGAAAGCAAUAGGUGGAAUGAAUCAUUUUUAUUGUUGGUCUAUUGACAAACAAUGAUAGAGUGAGAUGAAGGUAAAUCCUUAUCUUCGCUUUAUUGCAACAGGGAUGAACCGUAAAUUUAUUUAAGAAUUGCUGUAGGAUAGAUUCAUCAACAUUUCAGGCAAACAACAGUUUCAUGAUAGUUUGUAUAAGAAAGUUUUUUUCUUGCAUACCGUAAGUGCCAAAUGAUGAAUUCAUAUAAUUGUUUUAUUGUAUUUGUCUUCGUAUAGAAUUAUGUCAAAUGAAUGGUUAGCGUUAGAUUGGUAAAUGAUAAUCAUUUCAUUACAUAGGAUAUGAUUGCAAAUUUAUGAGAUAUAUAAUUUAUCAAUCGCCUUCCGUUUUUAUCAGGUUUAAGUGUACAAUGGCUGUCUUGUGCUUUUUGAUUGUAAAUGGAGUAACAAAAACGUAGAACUAUUUCCCCUUGUAACUAUUGUACAUGGAUUUUAUAAAAUGUUGACCAGUGCACAAUGUAUACAUGGAAGAACUUGUUCGCCAUGUUAAACAUUAUAUGUAUAGAAGUGAAUGUUUUGAACAAAUAAUGUAAACAUUGUCCUAAGCAACGUGCAUAUGUUUCACAUCGUAAUUUACAAAGUAUAUCUCUUGUCAAUGGUUUUGAUAUAGUAUCUGGUCCCUCAUUUACAUAUAAAGUAAAAUAAGUUCUUAUUCAUUCAAGAGCAAAAACCCAUUAAAUAUUUAUAUAUCUAUAUAUAUAUGUCUGUCAUAGCUCCUUUGUGAAGUUGAAUUCUCUUAUAUUGACGUCAGCACCGAGUGAUCUAGAUGUUUAUAGCUGCAGUUGCAAGUGAGAGAUUGUCUGUUGAUGGGUAGUUGUUAGUUGGAAAGAGUGGUGAGAAUGAUAUAUCAGCGUAAUUAUAACGCUGAGUUCUCUGUGAGGUCAGUUUCAUUGUGAUUCGGAUGUUCAUAUGUGCGUGCAUAUAUACACGUGAACGUAUAUUGGAUCGGUCUGUUCGGGCGCUAGGUUAGGCGAGUACAUGAUCGUCAUUGUUGUUAUCAUAUUUAUGUAUCGGACGUGAAGUAUGUCCUGAAUGAGUUGUUAAUAUUUUUAAUAAAAAUAUAAA